UCAAAAGUAAAUGUCAAAACACAACAAAUGCGUCGAAAUAUUUUCUACAUUUUUGAAUUAGAUAAAAUUUAUUUACAAACAUAAUGACAAACAUAACAGCUAGUGAUAUUGACCAAAUUUUAAAAUACUUCGCUGGUGCCACAUAUAAAGCGAUUAACUGUGAGACAAUUUGCAAUGAAGCAAUGGAUAAAUGUAUUGAAUUAGUCAAAUUGGAUUAUCACUAUUUGCUGAUUGCGAACAGUCAAGGGGAGUUAAGUGCUCAUUACCCGCCACAGAUAAUCAUUUUAGAAAAUGAAUUACAAAGUCAGAAUGGAAACAGUCGAAACACGGACACGAUAUACGAAAACAUUUACGAAAAACGUAAUUUACGUGAAUCAAUGGUAAAAGCGCGGACGGCUCGAUGUCGUGCCCGUUUUCCAAUUCCAGUUAUUUUGUACAAAGGUAAACAUAUAUGUCGAUCUGCGACGAUAGCCGGCGGUCCUGAAGUCUACACACGUAACAGUUUCGAUUACUUCUUUGGACAAUCUGAGUCGGGGGAUAUACCUGGUGAAGUACCCGAAGAACAGCAUGAGAACGAUUGUGAUUCGUUAAACCGUGAAAUACCGGAUGAUAUCUCACAAACAUCGGACAUGGGAUUGUUUGAAACGGUCAGACAAGCAGACAUCAACUAUUUAAAAAUAUUGAACGUGUCAACCAUCGUGGAUCUGAUGGUGGAAAAGAAGAAAGUCAAGUUUGGCAUGUAUGUCACAUCAUCGGAGAAAGUUGAUAAAGAAAGUCGCUACAAAGAUUUUUCAUUGGUUUCUUUACCGUAUCCUGGCUGUGAAUUUUUCUUACAAUAUCGUGAAAAUGAUUAUACACCGAAAGGCUUAUUCUUUGAUUGGUCUCAAUCGUAUGUGGAUGCCGAUUUAGCUGUGCCAAUUGAAAUUGCCUCGCAACUUAAAGUUGAUUGGACUUUUUAUAAAUCAUGGGACCUCGUGACACUCACUCAAAACUAUAUGCGAGUAUUGAUACGAUUAUUAAACGACACAACAUCCGGCAUUUUAAUACAUUGUAUUAGUGGAUGGGAUCGUACACCAUUGUUCAUAUCAUUGUUACGGAUCUCCUUGUGGGCGGAUGGAGUCAUCCAUUCACAACUGUCACCUUUACAAAUCCUUUACUUUACAUUAGCGUACGAUUGGAUGAUGUUCGGCCAUAACUUAAGUAAUCGAUUGGAGAAAGGCGAAGAAAUAUUACAUUUUUGUUUUCAUAUGUUAAAAUUUAUUGUUGAUGAAGAAUAUAGUAUAUUAUCACAGAGUUCUAGGAAAUCAAAACACAAUGCAAGUAGUGGGAGUACUGGUAGCAACAAUUCAAUAAGUGUCCUACGUGGUGAUAGUGAUACUCAAAUAGAAGGUGUCCUUCUAGAAGAUACCAACGGUUCCAACAUCAGCUUAAACUCAAUAUGUUCGUCCAACAGCAACAAAGAUUCCGAUUCAGCGAUACCAGUUUUACGUUUAGAUUCCGAUGAACUGAUUAACGGUAAUUCGAAUUCAAACGAAACAUAUUCACCGCCAUUGCCACGGAGUAGUCCGUACGGUUCUCAUCAACGUCGAACAAGUCCAAUAGCAGUUCCUAAUCGUCGACAACGUCAACGGACUGAUUCCACAUCCUCGUUAAGUGGUGGCAGUUGGCAAAUGGUGACAGGUUGUGGGAGUCUACGAUCAGAAAGUACUGAUAUUUGUUCAAUACGUGGGUCUGGACGUGAUGGUGGCUCCACAGCCAUAUUAGGCUCGGAUCUCUCGUCUGAAUCGUCAUCUACGUGUACAUUAACCGACGAUUCAGAUGGGGUGUUUGGUGUAUCGUUGUCGAGAAAGACACGCUUGAAUGAAGUGCGCAAAGUUUUUGGGACACAUUAUGGAAUUGCUGUUGGCCUCAAAAUGAAAAAUGCUGGCGAUUCACAUUUGAAAUCCAUUGUAAAUACGAUAGCUGGCAGUGUUGGCUUACUUUAAUUUUAAUUUUAACUUACCUUUGUUCUUAUUCUUUUGUUUUUUGUCGCUAUUUUUGAAUUUUGGAUGGUGCUAAGCUCAAAAAAAGCUCAAAUAAAAGCUGUUUUUUUUGACUUUAGCAUUUUUUAUUUUGUUAUUUUAUUGUUGUUUAAUAAUCCGUAAGAUAGUGGCAGAUUUGGGUGGCUCAUUGUAUUGUUUUCGCUUCUUAGACUGAUUAAUAUUUCCGUGUUGAUAAUGUGUUCAGUUUUAUCAUAAAAUUCAAUCAGUUGACAAUCGAUAAAAUCUUAUCUGUUUCCUAAAUAGAAAACUACUUUUUCGAUAUACUAGCUACGUGGAAAUCUCAUUCUAGUCAAAAUUGAUUAGAAUGAAAUGCCAUGCCAUGUGUAGUGAACAAUACCAAAAUUUUCCUGGCAACAAAUAGAUUGUAAACUAGUGUUAUGUGUUUAGGAAAUGGAUUCGACUUGUUAGUUACAGCUAGUAGCUACAGCGUGAACAAUACGGUGAUCGUCACUAGUGUUCAAUUUGUGUCCCAGGUGAUGAAUGACGAUCCCAUCCCACCCAGUGAAAUGGCGACAAUCAAAUAACUAUUGCCAAUUUAAAAAAAAAGCAUGUGAUCUUUUUUUUUUUGUAGAUUUAAUUAUAAAAAAAAGUUUUAGAAAUGGUGCCUGUUUGGAAUUGGGGAAUUCAAAAAUUUUUAUUCACCAACAAAAUUAAUGGAAUGUUUUCUUCAAACAAAAAAAAAAACGAUACGAAAUUUUCAAUUCUUUUAGUCAUUAUUUAACUCUGAAUACAUAUCGAAAUUCGUAAGAAUCAUAAUUCGAGUGCAAGCAAGAUAAAAGAAAUGCUCCCAUUGGGAGCCUUCUCGGAAAGAACUCGUAUUCUGUCACUUUUAAAACCGAAACCGAUGAAUUGUCACUUUUAAAAACUAAAAAAAGCUUUAUAUCGAUUUUUGCUUUGAAUUUUCAAGGCUCAAUUAGUUUUCCUUUGUUUAAUUACGUACUAAAUUUAUAAAUGAUUUGAGUAAAAUACGGAGAUAGCCGAAAUAAAAACUCACCUGAAUUUCUUUUUUUUUGUCUCCACGCAACCGUUCUGAAGGGUUAAUAGUAGCUGCCUCAAUUUCUACUUUGAUGGACAAGCGAAAUAAUUCUCUUUAAAUCUUUGAGUGUAAAGAAAAACAAUCUUCCCCCCGAUCCACAAUAAUUUAAGUGUAAAUUUUUGUAAGGAUUUAAAAUGGGCUUAAACGAGUAAUCAUAAUUUUAGUGCCUUACUUUAAUUUGAAUUUUUGUGGGCGUACUUAUUUCAGUAAAUAAUGAGUGAAGGCCAUAUUUAAAGAUAACGUGACAGAGAAAAAUAUGCAUGUGUUAACGUCGAUUUCUUGUGGUUUUUUUCCGCACCUUUUAUUGAUUUUGAAAAUAGAGAAUA